AUGAGUAGUAAGUCACGUGCGUGGGAUUACUUCAAAAAGACUAAUGAAAAGUUUGCCAAGUGUUCUUUGUGUAAAAGAGAGUUUAAACUAAGUGGAAAUACUACGAACUUGAUCGAUCAUAUGAAGAGAAAACAUAAUGAGGUAUGGAUGUGGUCAUCCACUGUUUCUGUUACUCAAGACGUAGAUACCACUGAGCAAAAUGAGAAAAUGGGCCCAAGCCCUAAAAAGAGAAAUACGCUAAAAAAUUAUUUUGAUAGAAGUAGUAAAUAUCCAGAUGGGAAAACAAAGCAAAAUUUGGAUAACAAAUACGUGCGCAUGAUUGCUGUUGACAUGGAACCUUUGCGAAAAGGAGAACAUGAAGGAUUUCGGGAUUUUGUAAAUGCUCUCGAUAGUAGAUAUGAAAUUCCUGAUACAACAAUAUUGAAAAAGAAAUUACUGCCGGAAUAUUAUGAAAACGUGAAACAGAAGCUCGUCAUAGCAUUAUCGAAAGCAGAACAUGUUAGUGUGACUACUGACUUAUGGACAUCAAUUGCAAAUGAAGGCAUCCUUUCAGUUACUUGUCAUUUCUUUCACAACGAAAAAUUAAUUGCACCAUUAUUGGAAGUUGUGAAGAUGGAAGGAAGUCAUAACGCAGAAAAUAUAGCCAGUAUGUUGGAUGCUACUCUCUCAAAAUGGGAUAUCAGGUCAAAAUGUGAAGCAAUAACGACUGAUAACGCUCAAACAAUGAUUAACGCCGCAGCCAAACUGCAUAUACGACAUAUACCCUGCUUUGCGCACACACUAAACCUGAUGGUAAGUGAUUUGUUUGCUGUGACCUGCUUAGACCAGAUUCUGAAAAAAUGUAAAUCGAUUGUGACUUUUUUCAAGAUGAGUACUCUAGCUAGCGAUAAAUUACGGGCUAUUCAACGUGAAUUAAAUAAACCAGAACUGAAAGUGAUCCAGGAAGUACCCACCCGCUGGAACAGUGCAUACCACAUGCUGCAAAGAAUUGUUACAAUGAAGACAGAAUUAACUCUCGCACUUAAUGAAUGUAAUCGGGCUCCACCAGGAGUCAAUGCUGACGAAUACCUAAUUAUUCAAGAAACAAUUCAAAUUCUGGCACCUUUCGAUCUAGCUACAACAAAAAUUUCCGGAGAAAGCUAUAUAACAUUGUCACUGAUAAUACCAUUGAUUCGUGGAAUAAAAACGAAAUUAGUAGAAGUUGAAUCUCAAAUUGUUACUGAAAGCGGAAACAAAAUAUUACUCUGCAUGAAGGGAUCAGUUGACAAAAGACUAAGUCCCUAUGAAAGCAGGACACCUGUUGUACUUGCUACAAUAUUGGACCCCAGAUUUAAGAAGAAGGGGUUCAAAACAAGUGACGACGAGAAGCGAGCUGGUCAGUGGCUGGAAAAGGCCUAUGCUAGCCAUUUAACUAAAGAACGCUUGGCUGUAGAAGAAACGCAACCAACACCAUCCACGUCUUCAGGAACAUCUAAUGACCUGUUGGGAUUUCUAGACGUUCCGGACGUAUCGACCCCGUUGAGUAACUCAUUGGUAGAUGUCAGGCAAUAUCUCGAGAAGCCAGUAAUUGACAGAAAAGAGUGUCCUAUAACAUACUGGAAAUACACCAACAAUAAAUUGAAGGAAUUAGCGAUGCUCUAUCUCUGUAUUCCAGCAUCUUCUGUGCCUUCAGAACGAAUAUUUUCGAAGGCCGGACAAAUUUUAACCGAACGCAGAAAUAGGUUAAAAGAAAAAAGAUUAAAUGAAUUGUUGUUUAUAAAACAAAAUAGCUGUUAUUUUAAUGAUUGA